AUGGCAAGUACUAGACUUGAUAGAGAGGGAGGGGGGUCUGUUGGCGGAGAAUCUACCAUCCACACUACUCACAAUGAAUCCAGCUCUAUUGAUGCAGGUACUGGUGAGGUCGAGAGCCCAUACUACGAACCUUGGAUCCUCACAAAGAUGAAAGUCCAGAGGCUUUUCGGGGGGCCGUGGCCACAUGGUCCUCUGGUUGAAUUCCUAGGUCAAGGUAGCCAUAACAGAGUAUUCGGCGUCACAUAUAUUGCUAAGAAUCCUGGUAUGUUUAACUCAGCUCCACGUUGCUGUGUUAUUCGCAUUCCCAAGUCGAAAGAAGUCGCACAAAACAGCGUGGCAGUCCUCAAUUAUCUAAAGAAAACAACUAGCUUUCCUGUCCCCAGAGUCAUAGUCUACAAUCCCACAACCAAUAACGCGAUCGGAUAUCCUUAUGUGGUAACCACUCGAAUUCAAGGUAUCUCCCUAAGUGAAGCCAUCAAGCGAGGUAUCAACCACGAGCAGAUGUUGUGCAUCGCUAAGGAACUAGGCUGUUUCUACAAAGGGAUGAUCUCUAUCAAAAGCAAACAUGCAGGACUUAUUCUUUCCAGCGAGGACGGACCCCUCUCAGACACCUUUGCCCGAAUCCUGCCACUCGGAGCACACGAAGGUGAACCUAUCAAGGAGUAUGAUUCUUCUUAUGGCAAGACUUCAUCAGGACCAUUCGUGGUACAUGACCCUCCUAAUCUCCGAUGCGCGGAGAUUAUGCAUCGAUCUAUAUUAUCAUGCAGAUGGCGUGACAGCGAUGAAGAUCAGGGCUACGAAAGAUCGUUUUGGAAGAAGAUUGCGGCCAUUUAUGGUGAAAUGGAUACCGGCGGCCUGUUUUCCGGCAACGACAUAUGCCUCACUCAUGCGACUUUGUGUGCAAGCAAUAUCAUGGUUGACAAUAUCAACUCUACGAUUAGUACCGUGACUGGGAUUGUAGGAUGGAACAAAACUCUCUUCUUGCCGCGAUUCUUGGCUGCUGAGCCUCCGAUGUUCCUGUGGAAUCCUGUUUCACCUACUCGAUGGAUGUCCAGCUAUGACAAGUUGGAAGCCGAACUUCAGACUUUCGGUGGUUUGACCGUAGCGCCCGCGACACCGCAGAGAGCUGAGUUAAAGCAGGCUUUCGAGAAAUACGCAGGGGAGAGUUACACGUCCUUGCCUUUCACCAAGGAGGGCUUCUUGGCCGGUCGCAUGUUACAAGCCACCUUCCUCGAGGCUGAUGAUUUCCUGUUGUUUACCGUGACACUGCAGAAAUAUAUCGACGUAUGGUAUGGAAAGGGAGUCCCCUCUACGCAGACUACGAAAGGCGAUGACACGGCAGACGAGGCUACGGAGGGUAAGCCUAUGGGAAAUAAGAAGACUAUGGAGGAUAUCCAACAGAGAGAUGGAUUAACCCUUAAGACCAACGAAGCGACCGAUAAUGUUGCUUACGGUGAAUCGACCAGCAACCCGACCAACCAGCCGAUGAGCCAGCCGACCAACCAACCGACUUCAACCCCCAAGAAGAUCCGUAUAAAGGUUAAGCAGGGAGAAGAUACAACGGAGGACGGCCAAGGAGAUGGUUAG